AUGUUGAGCUGGGUCCAGAGGGUGCUGCCUCAGCCCCCAGGGACACCUCAGAAGACCAAGACGGAGGAGGAGGAGGAGGAGGGGGCAGAACCAGAGCCAGAGGUGGAGCCGGAACCAGAGCCGGAGCCUGAAACUGCCCCCGAGGAGGCUGAGCGAGGGGACGAAUCCCCGCCACCUGAAGAGCCGUUGGAGGGGGAGGAAUUGGCUGCAGCUGACCCAGACCCUCAGGAAAUCCGGGAGGCUGUCCCUACUCUGCCUACAUCCCUCCAGGUGCAGGUCGCCAUGGUUCCCGAAGUGAACAGCAGUUCCAGCAGGUGGGUGCUGAGCUGGCUCAAGAAGGGCAUGGAGAAGGUCAUCCCACAGCCUGUCCCCAGCAGCGGGCCAGCGCAGAGCAUUGCUGCUGGCUCGGGGGCCCCUGCUCAGGCAGGAGCACAGACGUCUGGGCAGUGCAGCACUGGGGGCUCAGACGGACUCGGGGAGGCCCCUGGGGCCCAGGACACUGGGUCUGGGCCCUGGCUGCUCAGGUGGCUUGAGCAGAAUCUGGAGAAAGUGUUGCCUCAGCCCCACAAAACCUCCAAGGACCAGAGAGAUGAGCCUACAGAUGCUGCCUUGGGCCCAGAGCCCCCAGAACCCACCUUGGAAAUGGAGACUGUGCUGCAGGCCCCGGAGAGCCCCUGCAUCCCCAUGGCUGGCCCCCUGGAAACCGAGGAGGAGCUGACCUCAGAACCCCAGCCCAGCUCCCAGGCUUCCGCCCCACUGCCCCCCGGUGACCCCGCCAGGUUGAUGGCUUGGCUCCUGCACAGGCUGGAGAUGGCCUUGCCGCAGCCCGUGCUCCAUGGGAAGGCUGGGGAGCAGGAGCCUGACUCCCCUGGAACAUGUGACGUGCAGACGAUCUGCAUCUUCCCCGGAGGCCAAGAGGAGCCUGAUCUCGUCCUAGAAGAGGUUGACCCUCACUGGGAGGAGGACGAGCAUCAGGACGGUGGCACCAGCCCGCAGGGCUCAGAGGAGGCUCCAGCCUAUGAAGACGAGAACGAGGCUGUGGAGAAGAUGCCCAGGGAACUGCCCCGGAUUCAAGAGGAGAGAGAAGCUGAGGAGGAGGAUGGAGAGAAGGAGGAGGAAGAAGAGGAGGAGCCCAAGAGCAAUGGGGAGCCACUGAAGGUUCAUGAGCAGGGUCACCUCAUCGUCCCUGAUGAUGGGCAGGCCUUCUUCCUAGACACAGUCGUGGUCUGCCUGCCCCGUGCAGGGAACCUCCUGAGGGAGCUGCAGGAGGAGGCCGUGACUGCCAGCCCAGAAGCAGGGUCCCACAUCUGCCUGACCCCCACUGGCCCCAGCAGCAUGGCUCAACCAGGCCAGGAUGUGGAGCUGAAUCGCCUGGUCCAGGACCAGCCACCUGGCCAGGUGGCCCCAGGGCUUGCUCGCCCAACCCUGGCGGAGCACCUCCCCAAUGUGCCCAGCUACCGCCCCUCAGUCACCCGCAUCCCUGUUCUCAUCUCCCGGAGGACAGCCUUGUCCAACUCCGGCUUCGCCAAGGAGACCAGAAGUCCCAUCCGUCGUCUAGGUAGUGUGAUCUUGUGCACCCAGCAUGCUUGCGCCUGGGGUGUGGGCUUCUGCGUGGCUUGGGCUGUUCCUCGCAUGGGUGCCAUGGUCAAGGUGUGGGAUUACCAGUUGAACUCCUGGAAAACCAACCCCCUUCCUCUGUUGGUCAAUGCCUUCGUCUUGCUUUGUGUGCCUGCUACAAAAGAGCAUCCGGAAGUGCAGGUGGAAGAUGCUGAUGUGGACAGCCACCCCCCCAUCGUGGAGAAUCCACCCUCACCUGAGCCGCCACCACCUUCUCCUGCCAAAUCCGACACCCUCUCGGUCCCGGGAUCUGCCGCAGGGACUGAAAGGAAGAGGCUGCCCUCCCAAGAUGAUGAGGCUGAAGAGCUCAAGGCACUGUCACCAGCUGAGUCGCCCGUGGUCGCCUGGUUGGACCCGCCCAGCCCACAGGGCACUGAUGGCCGGGACCGCGCAGUGUCUGCGGCCAGCCAGAACAGCGUCUUCGUCAACUACCGGCUCCAGGAGCUGGUGAAGCUUUUCAAGGAGCGGACAGAGAAGGUGAAGGAGAAGCUCAUCGACCCUGACGUCACGUCUGAUGAGGAGAGCCCUAAGCCCUCCCCGGCCAAGAAAGCCCCAGAGCCGGCCCCGGCAGUGAAGCCGGCCGGGCCGGGGCAGGAGGAGGAGGGCGAGGACCACUAUUGUGAUAUGCUCUGCUGCAAGUUCAAGCGCCGCCCGUGGAAGAUGUACCGGUUUCCCCAGAGCAUCGACCCGCUGACCAACCUGAUGUACAUCCUGUGGCUGUUCUUCGUGGUGCUGGCCUGGAACUGGAACUGCUGGCUGAUUCCUGUGCGCUGGGCCUUCCCCUACCAGACACCAGACAACAUCCUCCUCUGGCUGCUGAUGGACUAUCUGUGUGACCUCAUCUACCUCCUGGACAUCACCGUGUUCCAGCUGCGCCUGCAGUUUGUCAGAGGCGGAGACAUCAUUACGGACAAGAAGGAGAUGCGCGAUAACUACCUGAAAUCUCAUCGCUUUAAGAUGGACAUGCUCUGCCUCCUGCCCUUGGACUUGCUCUACCUGAAGUUCGGUGUGAAUCCCCUCUUGCGCUUGCCCCGCUGUUUGAAGUACAUGGCCUUCUUCGAGUUUAACAGCCGCCUGGAAUCCAUCCUCAGCAAAGCCUAUAUUUACAGGGUGAUCAGGACCACGGCUUACCUGCUCUACAGCCUACAUGUGAACUCAUGUCUGUAUUACUGGGCGUCAGCCUAUCAGGGCAUCGGCUCCACUCACUGGGUUUACGAUGGCGUGGGAAACAGUUACAUUCGCUGUUACUACUGGGCUGUGAAGACCCUCAUCACCAUUGGUGGGCUGCCUGACCCCAGAACGCUCUUUGAAAUCGUCUUCCAGGGGUUGAACUAUUUCACGGGUGUCUUCGCUUUCUCUGUGAUGAUCGGACAGAUGAGAGACGUGGUGGGGGCCGCCACAGCCGGGCAGGCCUACUACCGCAGCUGCAUGGACAGCACCGUGAAGUACAUGAACUUCUACAAGAUCCCCAGGUCCGUGCAGAACCGGGUCAAGACCUGGUACGAGUACACCUGGCAGUCCCAAGGCAUGCUGGACGAGUCAGAACUGAUGGUGCAGCUUCCAGACAAGAUGCGUUUGGACCUUGCCAUCGACGUCAACUAUAACAUCGUCAGCAAAGUGGCUCUCUUCCAGGGCUGUGACCGACAGUUGAUCUUUGACAUGCUGAAGAGGCUCCGUUCUGUCGUCUACCUGCCCAACGACUACGUGUGCAAGAAGGGGGAGAUAGGCCGAGAAAUGUACAUCAUCCAGGCGGGACAGGUGCAGGUCUUGGGUGGCCCCGACGGGAAGGCUGUGCUGGUGACACUGAAGCCUGGAUCCGUGUUUGGAGAAAUAAGCUUGCUGGCCGUUGGGGGCGGGAAUCGGCGCACAGCCAAUGUGGUCGCCCACGGGUUUACCAACCUCUUCAUUCUGGACAAGAAAGACCUCAAUGAAAUUUUGGUGCAUUAUCCCGAGUCUCAGAAGUUACUCCGGAAGAAGGCCAGGUGCAUGCUGAGAGAUAACAACAAGCCCAAGGAGCCGAAGAGCGGGCUCAUCCUGCCUCCCCGGGCAGGCACGCCCAAGCUCUUCAAUGCCGCCCUGGCCGCAGCAGGAAAGAUGGGCAGCAAGGGGGCCAUAGCUGGCAAGCUUGCCCACCUGAGGUCCCGGCUCAAGGAGCUCGCUGCGCUGGAGUCAGCUUCGAGGCAGCAACAAUUUCUGGAACAGGCCAAGAGCUCCCAAGACGCUGCGGGAGAGGCGGGCCCGGCCGCCCCGGAGCAGCCCGCAACGCCGGAGCCUGCGACCCCGUGCUCUCCGCCACCUGCCUCCCCUGGGAAGCCGGAGGAAGGCGGGGAGGGGGAGGCCAGGCCCGAGGAGCCCUCAGUGCGGAUCCGCAUGAGCCCGGGCCCGGGUCCCGGUGAGCAGAUCCUGUCGGUGGAGAUCCCGGAGGAGAAGGAGGCCGAGUGA